AUGUCUCUCGAUAUCAUUCCCAUCACGGUGGAUGCGGAGACCGUGCUUCGAAUAGAGCAAAGUGGUCAACCACUCGUUGUGUAUGACUGUAAAUUACAGGUGUCUGCCCACCUACGUAGACACGGCAUCACUGGUCCGGACAGCGCCAUUACAACUUGUACAUGGGACGGCUGCUACAAGACACUCAAGAAAGGGAGUAUGGCAAGACACAUCCUUACUCACCUCCGUGUCAAGUGUCGUUACGACCUUUUUCGUGAACAUGUGAAAUCCCCAGGGCCAUGCCAUCUGGCAAUCGCCGAUACCGUUCCCGGACCUGGAGGACUUGUUAUAUCCCCUAUGAGUUGGGUUGCUGAUCCGAAUCACAUCCAUGCCAAGUCUCCUGAUAGAGCAAUCACUAGUGUUAGAAUGUGUCAUUCAAGACGAGUCAUCGACGAGAAUAUUAUGAUCAAUGAGGAUCUCGAUUGGAUAGAUAUAUGCGAGCUCUGUCGUACUUUGAACGUUAACGAUAGAACUGUGAACCAAAAGCGGAGGAGCCACGUCUGGCAGGCAAAGGUGGUUGAAGAGUCCAGUGCGGAGCGAGAUGCGGAUGGAAAUUUCUGGGGAUAUAAUAGUUCACGAGUUUAUGCUCUGAUGACCGCUUCGACUGUAUGGGUGAACAUCAUGUCGGACGUGGAUUGGGAAGGUACGGAUGUGGGGGACUCGUUGAUGGAAGCUGUGCGGCCUGUUGGUCUUUCUGACUUUCCGGACUUGUCGAAAAAGAGCAAAGAGAGAAUGAAGAACAAGUUUGGCGGUGGUGAUGAAGAGACUCUAGUAAAUGUCAUCUCGUUCGAGAAUACGGCUGAGUUUUCAUUGGGCUUGUAUCGAGAAUAGCUGGGGUGAUCGGCUUCUGUCCCGGGUGUCGAUUGCCUGGACGCAUCAGUCAAUCAGAAAUGAGACAUUAUACUCGGCCAUCGCGUUCAGUACUUACAUAACUAUAUACGACACCGCACUAAUAAUACUCGGUUUAGCUAUGCAAACGUUAAAGCCGUUCAUGUCAACAUUGGAUUGCGAUUGCGAUUGCUUAGGACUCU